AUGGAUGUUGUUCAAGCUGUAUCGGGGUAUAUCUCGAAGAUGGUGUCUGCAGGAGACGGGAUUUCUGGGACAUCAUCUGCGAAGAUGAAGGUCUUAUUACUUGAUAGUGAUACCGUGUCAAUUGUUUCCACAGCAAUCACACAAUCUGCGCUUCUGAACCACGAAGUAUACCUCAUAGACCGAUUGGACAAUCAAAGCAGGGAGAAGAUGCGCCAUCUAAAAUGCCUAUGUUUUGUUCGGCCAUCGGCCGAUUCUAUACAAUUCCUAAUUGACGAAUUCCGAGAUCCCAAAUAUGGCGAAUACAAUGUGUACUUCAGUAAUGUGGUCAAGAAGUCAUCCUUGGAGCGAUUAGCAGAGGCAGAUGAUCAUGAAGUGGUCAAAUUAGUUCAGGAGCAUUUCGCGGAUUAUCUUGUUGUGAAUCCGGAUUUAUUUACGUUUGAUCUCGGAUUUCCAAAACAACGAAUAUGGAGUUCAAAUCCAGACAUGUGGAAUCUAGAUGCAUUACAACGUACUACUGAAGGGCUCAUAGCAGUGUUACUAUCUCUGAAGAAGAAACCCUUUAUUCGAUACGAGAAAAAUAGUCUUUUGGCAAAGAAACUGGCAACAGAAGUGCGGCAUCAUAUUGCUCAGGAGGAUCAGUUGUUCGACUUUCGGAAAGUGGAUACGCCUCCAAUUUUGUUGAUAUUGGAUCGAAGGGAUGACCCUAUUACGCCGCUCUUAACACAAUGGACAUAUCAGGCAAUGGUUCAUGAACUUCUUGGUAUCAAGAAUGGGAGAGUCGACCUGAGCGAGGUACCAGAAAUUCGUCCCGAGUUAAAAGAAGUGGUAUUGUCCCAAGACCAGGAUCCCUUCUUCAAGAAAAACAUGUAUCUCAAUUUUGGUGAUCUUGGUGGAAAUAUUAAGGACUAUGUCGAGCAAUAUCAAUCCAGAACAAAAAAUAGUUCAAAUAUUGAGUCAAUAGCUGACAUGAAGCGCUUUAUUGAAGAAUACCCAGAGUUCCGCAAGCUUUCUGGCAAUGUCAGUAAACACGUUACUCUUGUUGGUGAGUUGAGUAGAAUGGUUGGAUCGGAAAAUCUAUUGGAAGUCAGUGAAGUCGAGCAGAGCUUGGCAUGUAAUGAUGCCCAUGCCAGUGAUCUAAAAAACGUACAAAGAUUAAUUCAAUCACCGACUGUAACUCCCAACAACAAGCUGAGGCUGGUAGCUCUGUACUCGCUCCGAUACGAAAAACACCCUUCAAAUGCAUUACCGAUCCUUGUAGACCUCCUUGGUGCCGCUGGAAAUGUUCCUCAAAGACGCAUCGAUCUCGUAGCAAAGCUCAUUAUUUAUCACUCGUCUUUACAACAAACCCAAUCAACGGGAGGCAUUUCUGACAUGUUCGAAUCUUCAAACAUCUUCUCUGGAGCUCGAGACCGAUUUAAGGGGCUCAAAGGUGUCGAAAAUGUCUAUACGCAGCAUUCACCACGGCUCGAAUUAACACUUCAAGACCUGAUCAAGGGAAAAUUACGUGAUCAGCAAUAUCCUUUUGUUGAAAGUGGAGGAACCACCCGUGACAAACCACAGGAUAUUGUUGUUUUCAUUAUUGGCGGGGCCACGUUUGAAGAAGCUAAAUGCAUAUCUCAAAUCAACGCUUCUUCGCCAGGUAUUAGAGUAGUUUUAGGAGGUACCUCAAUCCAUAACAGCUCGACUUUCCUAGAGGAGAUGGAAGAUGCUGUAUCCUUAUGGCCCGAACCUGCCCCAUCUACUGCCGCUGGAAGAUUACGAAAAGAGACAGGGAGACGUUGA